UACCUUUUCCAAUCCCGGGCUGUAUAUGGAGAUUUGGGAUUCUUUAAACCGGCGCUACCUGGAUUUUAUUAAAAAGUGGGGAGCUCGGCGGGAGGAAAGCUGGCUUUUCCGGGGGCUGCGGGAGCCGGGCCGCGGGAGGGCGGAGGAGUUGGCGCGCCGAGCACUCGGCCCGGGGAGCGGUUUUCUACCAAAAAAAGGAAAGGCGGGCAAAAAGUGUGAGGCGGCUGCGGGUGGCGGAGGGGAGCGGCGGCCUCGGGAUGGCAGGCAGCACGGGCGCCUAGCCGCGCCGGGAGCCGGGACCGCCACCGGAGUUGCUGACGCCGGAGCCCGGAGCCAGGAGCCCCGCCGCGCCAGACGCCGUGUGCGCCGCCUCGCGCAGCUCCGCCUGGCCGUCUGGAGGGGCUUCAUCACCCGCCGCCUGUGCGCCCCGGGCCGCGGGCCCGCCGCCGAGCGCAAGCCCCGCUGGCCGCCGCCAUGCACGCCGCGGAGCUCCCGCCGCCCAAGGACUCUGGGACUACGCCGAGGCCGAACUUUUAGGUCCCACUGAGCGAGGCCUGCGGGCCUGGUGGGGGGCAGGCCGCGGCACUCCCGCGGAGGAUGGAUGGCCGAGAUUUCGGGCCCCAGCGGUCCGUGCACGGCCCCCCGCCGCCGCUCCUGUCCGGCUUGGCCAUGGAUAGCCACCGCGUGGGCGCGGCCACGGCCGGACGCUUGCCUUCCUCGGGCUUGCCCGGCCCGCUGCCGCCCGGGAAGUACAUGGCCGGCCUCAAUCUCCACCCGCACCCGGGCGAGGCCUUCUUGGGCAGCUUUGUGGCCAGCGGGAUGGGACCCUCGGCCUCGUCCCAUGGGAGCCCGGUGCCCUUGCCCUCUGACCUCUCCUUCCGCUCCCCCACCCCCAGCAACCUGCCCAUGGUGCAGCUAUGGGCUGCCCAUGCCCAUGAAGGCUUUUCCCACCUUCCCAGCGGGCUGUACCCAUCCUACCUCCAUCUGAACCACCUGGAGCCCCCCAGCAGUGGGAGCCCCCUCCUCAGCCAGCUGGGCCAGCCCAGCAUUUUCGAUACCCAGAAAGACGGCUUCUACCUGCCGGCUCCGGGGGCUCCGGGCACCCUGCACUCUCAUGCGCCCUCCUCCAGGACCUCCAGCAGCCACUCCUCGGGCGCCCCGACCAAAGGCUUGUCGCGGGAAGGUCCAGCCAAGGAGCGGGCGGGCCGUGGUGGGGAGCCACCUCCACUGUUGGGCAAGAAGGACCCACGGGCCCGCGAGGAGGCGGCUGGGUCGCGCGGCGUGGUGGACCUGACUCAAGAAGCGAGGGCAGAGGGCCGCCAAGACCGCGGGCCCACGCGCCUAGCCGAGCGCUUGUCGCCUUUCCUGGCUGAGUCAAAAAGCAAGAACGCGCUGCAGCCGUCGGCGCUGAGCAUGUGCAAUGGCGUGGGGGACGCAGGGCUGCUGAUGGCCGACGCUGGCCGUGGCGGCGCCAAAGAGGCGGCCCGGCAGGAGGAGAGCGCGCGGUUGCUGCGGCGGGCAGAGGCCCUGCUGCCCGGGCCGCGCCCCUGCCCCUCGCCGCUGCCCCCGCCACCCCCGCCGCCAUCCAAGGGGCCGCCAGCACCCCCCGCCUCCGCGCCCGCCGGCGUCUACACCGUUUUCCGCGAGCCAGGCCGUGAGCACCGCGUGGUGGCGCCCACCUUCGUGCCUUCCGUGGAGGCCUUCGAUGAGCGCCCGGGGCCCAUCCAGAUCGCGUCGCAGGCACGCGACGCCCGAGCCCGCGAGCGGGAGGCAGGCAGGCCGGGGGUCCUGCAGGCGCCACCCAGCUCCCCGCGGCCACCGGACCGGCCCGAGGGCCUGCGCGAGAAGAACUCGGUCAUCCGCUCGCUCAAGCGGCCGCCACCCGCCGACGCCCCGCCAGCCAGGGCCGCGCGCGCCUCCCCGGACCCCCGGGCUUACCUGCCGCCCAAGGAGCUGCUCAAGCCCGAGGCCGAGCCGCGGCCCUGCGAGCGCGCACCACGCGGCCCUGCCGGUGCCCAGCAGGCCGCCAAGCUCUUCGGCCUGGAGCCCGGGCGGCCGCCCCCACCCGCUGGCCCUGACCACAAGUGGAAGCCCUUCGAGCUGGGCAACUUCGCCACCACGCAGAUGGCCGUGCUGGCCGCGCAGCACCACCACGCCAGCCGGGCCGAUGAAGAGGCCGCGGCCGUCUCCAAGAAGGCCUACCUGGACCCAGGGGGCGCGCUGCCUCGCGCGGUGGCCACGUGCGGCCGGCCUGGUGCUGACAUGCACCCCGCGGCCCAUGGGCCUGGAGAAGCUUCGGCCAUGCAAAGCCUCAUCAAGUACAGCGGCAGCUUCACCCGCGAGGCAGUGGCCGUGCGCCCUGGCGGCUGUGGCAAGAAGAGCCCCUUCGGAGGCCUGGGAACCAUGAAACCUGAGCCUGCCCCCACCUCUGCGGGUGCCCCUCGUGCCCAGGCCCGCCUCCUGCACCCUGCAGGCCCUGCAGCGGGUGCAGCCCGACAGCUGAAGCGGGACCCAGAAAGGCCCGAGAGCGCCAAGGCCUUCGGGCGAGAGAGUUCUGGUGCCCAGGGUGAGGCAGAAGUGCGACACCCGCCAGUGGGCAUUGCAGUGGCUGUGGCCCGGCAAAAGGACAGUGGUGGCAGUGGUCGGCUGGGGCCUGGGCUGGCGGACCAGGAGCGCUCCCUGUCACUGAGCAAUGUCAAAGGACACAGCCGGGCUGAUGAUGACUGUGCGGACGAUCGGGCCAGGCACCGGGAAGAACCGCUGCUCGGGGGGCGGCUGGACCGGGACCAGGAGAAGCUGCUCAGAGAAAGUAAGGAGCUGGCUGACCUGGCCCGCCUGCACCCGACCAGCUGUGCUCCUAAUGGCCUGAACCCCAACCUCAUGGUGACUGGGGGCCCGGCGCUGGCAGGCUCGGGUCGCUGGUCUGCUGACCCUGCAGCCCACCUGGCCACACACCCCUGGCUGCCACGCUCAGGUAGCACAUCCAUGUGGCUUGCUGGACACCACUACGGCUUGGGCCCCCCUUCUCUGCACCAGGGCAUGGCACCUGCAUUUCCACCUGGCCUGGGAGGCUCCCUGCCAUCGGCCUACCAAUUUGUCAGAGACCCCCAGUCGGGCCAGCUGGUGGUCAUUCCCAGUGAUCACCUGCCUCAUUUUGCGGAGCUGAUGGAGCGGGCCGCGGUGCCACCCCUCUGGCCUGCUCUGUAUCCGCCGGGCCGCAGCCCCCUGCACCAUGCCCAGCAGCUGCAGCUCUUCUCCCAGCAGCAUUUCCUGCGGCAGCAAGAGUUCCUGUACCUUCAGCAGCAGGCGGCCCAGGCCCUGGAACUGCAGAGGAGUGCCCAGCUGGUGCAGGAGCGGCUGAAGGCCCAAGAACAUCGGGCGGAGAUGGAGGAGAAGGUGAGCAAGCGGAGCCUUGAGGCCUCGGGCAAAGCCGGCCUGGCUGCUGCAGGCCCAGGGUUGCUGCCUCGGAAGCCCCCCGGCCUGUCUGCUGGCCCCGCGGGCACCUAUGGCAAGGCUGUGAGCCCACCGCCGUCUCCCCGCGUAUCCCCUGUGGCUGCCCUGAAGGCCAAGGUCAUCCAGAAGCUGGAGGACGUUUCCAAGCCACCCACCUAUGCCUACCCUGCCACGCCCAGCUCCCAUCCCACCAGCCCACCGCCCGCCUCCCCGCCACCCACCCCUGGCAUCACCCGCAAGGAGGAGGCACCUGAAAAUGUUGUUGAGAAGAAAGACUUGGAGUUGGAGAAGGAAGCCCCCAGCCCCUUCCAGGCCUUGUUCUCAGAUAUCUCCCCCAGGUACCCGUUUCAAGCCCUGCCGCCGCACUACGGAAGGCCCUACCCAUUCCUGCUGCAACCCACAGCGGCCGCUGAUGCAGACGGCCUGGCCCCUGACGUGCCACUCCCAGCGGAUGGGCCUGAGCGCUUGGCACUCUCGCCCGAAGACAAGCCCAUCCGCUUGUCGCCCUCCAAGAUCCCGGAGCCACUGCGGGAGGACCCUGAGGAAGAGCAGCUGGCCGAACGGGAGGUGAAGGCAGAGGUGGAGGACAUGGAUGAGGGCCCUGCAGAGCUGCCCCUGCCAGAGUCACCACUGCCACUGCCUGCCACGGAAGCCAUGGCAGCCCAGAGCCCCUCGGGCAGCUGCGGAGGGGGUCUUCUGGAGGCCCAGGUGCUGAGUGCCUCCAGACAGGGGUGUGCAGAACCCUCCGAGUGCCCAGACUUUGUGGAGGGGGCUGAUGCACAAGUGGAUUCGCCAGGCCGGACAGAAUCCCAUGCGGCUGCCCUGGAUCUGGGGGCGCGGCUGACGCCCCAGAUGCUGGUUGAGGCUAAGGAGGAGCCGGUGGAGGUGCCCCUUGAUGUGCCUAUGGAGCUGCCUGUGGUGAAGGCAGUGCCCGAGGAAGGCCUGGCCCAGGCGACCCCGAGCGAGCCCCAGCCCAGACCAGAACUGUCAGAGUGUGAUGUGCCUGCCAUGGAGGGACAGUGCCUGAGUCUGGAGACCCAGGAGGCUGCACCUGUAUCCAGUGGCACCUGUUACCUGGAGGAGGCGAGCUCUGACCUGUUCCUGCCCAGCCUGGAAGACCCACUGGCCGGCAUGAACGCCCUGGCAGCAGCUGCGGAGCUGCCCCAGGCCAGGCCUCUUCUGUCCCCAGGUGCUGGAGCCCAGGCUUUGGAGAAGCUGGAAGCAGCUCAGAGCCUGGUGCUGGAGCAGAGCUUCCUACAUGGCAUCACCCUGCUGAGUGAGAUUGCAGAGCUGGAGCUGGAAAGGAGGAGCCAGGAGGUGGGAGGUAUGGAGCAGGGCCUGGCUGUGCGGACCUCGCUGGAGAGCCUAUUGGCGGCCAGCAGCCACAUGCUGAAGGAGGUGCUGGAUGGCCCCUUUGUGGACCCACUCAAGAGCCUGCGGCUCCCGCGGGAACUGAACCCCAACAAGAAGUACAGCUGGAUGCAGAAGAAAGAAGAGCGGAUGUAUGCAAUGAAGUCCUCCUUGGAGGACAUGGACGCCUUGGAGCUGGACUUCCGGAUGCGGCUGGCAGAGGUGCAGCGACAGUACAAAGAGAAACAGCGCGAGCUGGUGAAGCUGCAGAGACGCCGGGAUUCCGAGGACAGGCGCGAGGAACCCCAUAGAAGCUUGGCACGCAGAGGCCCUGGCAGGCCGAGGAAACGGACCCACGCCCCGAGCGCCCUGUCGCCCCCCCGCAAGAGAGGGAAGAGCCACAACAGUAGCGGAAAGCUGAGCAGCAAGUCCCUACUGACAUCAGAUGACUACGAGCUGGGAGCAGCAAUAAGGAAGAGACAUAAGGGGCCUGAGGAGGAACAUGAUGCUCUCAUUGGAAUGGGGAAAGCCAGGGGAAGGAACCAGACUUGGGAUGAGCACGAAUCCUCUUCCGACUUCAUGAGUCAGCUAAAGAUUAAAAAGAAGAAGAUGGCCAGUGACCAGGAGCAGUUGGCAAGCAAGCUAGACAAGGCCCUCUCCCUCACAAAACAGGACAAGUUGAAGUCGCCCUUCAAGUUUUCGGACAGUUCUGGGGGGAAAUCGAAAACUAGCCGGGGCUGUGGCAGGUACUUGACUCCUUAUGAUAGCCUGCUGGGCAAGGACCGGAAGGCGCUGGCCAAAGGCCUCGGCCUGUCUCUGAAAUCUUCCAGAGAAGGUAAACACAAAAGGGCCGCCAAAGCCAGGAAGAUGGAAGUGGGGUUCAAGGCCAGAGGCCAGCCCAAGUCGGCCCAUUCCCCGUUCGCCUCGGAAGUGAGCAGCUACUCCUACAAUACGGACUCAGAGGAAGAGGAAGAAUUCCUGAAGGAUGAGUGGUCUGCCCAAGGCCCCUCCAGCUCCAAACUGACGUCUUCCAUUCUGUGUGGCAUGGUGGCAAAGAACAGCAAGCCUGCUGGAGGCCCCAAGCUGGCCAAGAGGGGCCUGGUGGGCCCCCGGACUCUGAAACCCAAGCCAGCUGCCAGCAGGAAGCAGCCGUUUUGUUUGCUGCUUCGAGAGGCCGAGGCCCGAUCCUCCUUCAGUGACUCUUCGGAGGACUCGAUUGACCAAGAUGAGAGCUCUGAGGAGGAGGACGAGGAGGAGGAGCUGGAGCAGGAGGAGGAGGCCAGCGGCGGCUGUAGGCUGGGUGCCCGGGAGCGGGCCCUGUCGCCAGGCCUGGAGGAGAGUGGGCUGGGCCUGCUGGCCCGCUUUGCAGCCAGCGCCCUCCCCAGCCCCACAGUGGGGCCGUCCCUGUCAGUGGUGCAGCUGGAGGCCAAGCAGAAGGCCCGGAAGAAAGAGGAGCGGCAGAGCCUGAUGGGCACAGAAUUUGAGUACACGGACUCAGAGAGCGAGGUCAAGGUACGCAAGCGUUCGCCUGCUGGGCUGCUGCGGCCCAAGAAGGGGCUGGGGGAGCCAGGUCCCUCCCUGGCUGUGCCCACUCCCAGUUCCCGGGGCCCUGGCCCCACCAGCCCGGACAAGGCCAAGCUGGCAGCAGAGAAGGGGCGCAAGGCCCGGAAGCUGCGGGGCCCCAAGGAGCCUGGUUUUGAGGCGGGGCCUGAGGCCAGUGAUGAUGACUUGUGGACACGGCGCCGCAGUGAGCGCAUCUUCCUGCACGAUGCCACGGCAGCAGCCCCUGCACCCCCCAGCAGUGCACCGGUCACCAAGACCAGCCGCUGUGGCAAGGGCGGCCCCUUGAGCCCACGCAAGGACACCGGCCGCGCCAAGGACAGGAAGGACCCCAGGAAGAAGAAGAAAGGGAAAGAGGCUGGGUCAGGAGCCGCACUGCCACCGCCCCGAGUUCCCACCCUGCCUCCUGAGGCCAGGGCCCCUCAUACCAGCUCCCUGGCGACUGCCAAGAGGAGCAAGGCCAAGGCCAAAGGGAAAGAGGUGAAGAAGGAGAACCGGGGGAAGGGGGGUGCUGUGAGCAAGCUGAUGGAGAGUAUGGCAGCUGAGGAGGACUUUGAACCCAACCAGGACUCAAGCUUCUCUGAGGACGAGCACCUGCCACGUGGCGGGGUUGUGGAGCGGCCACCAACUCCGGCCCCUCGCUCCUGCAUCAUCGACAAGGAUGAGCUGAAGGAUGGCCUGCGGGUGCUCAUCCCCAUGGAUGAUAAGCUGCUGUAUGCUGGGCACGUGCAGACGGUGCACUCGCCAGAUAUAUACCGUGUGGUGGUGGAGGGUGAGCGUGGGAAUCGGCCCCACAUCUACUGUCUGGAGCAGCUGCUGCAGGAGGCGAUCAUCGAUGUGAGGCCGGCCUCCACCCGCUUCUUGCCGCAAGGGACCAGGAUCGCGGCCUACUGGAGCCAGCAGUACCGCUGCCUCUACCCGGGCACUGUGGUUCGAGGGCUGCUGGACUUGGAGGACGAUGGGGACCUGAUCACUGUGGAGUUUGAUGAUGGAGACACAGGGCGGAUCCCACUCUCGCACAUCCGCCUGCUGCCUCCUGACUAUAAGAUCCAGUGUGCUGAGCCGUCCCCAGCCCUCCUGGUGCCGAGCGCCAAGCGUCGCAGCCGGAAGACCAGCAAAGACACCGGGGAAGGCAAAGAAGGGGGCACGACGGGGUCGGAGGAGUCAGGAGCCAAGGCCCGAGGGCGUGGGCGGAAACCCAGCACCAAGGCCAAGGGUGACAGAGCUGCUGUCCUGGAGGAGGGGGGCUCAAUGGAUGAGGUCCCCAGUACCCCAUUGGCUCCAGAGCCAAUCAGUACCCCAGGUUCCAAGAAGAGCCCCCCAGAACCUGUGGACAAGCGGGCCAAAGCCACCAAGUCUCGCCCUGCACCCCCACAGGCUAGCCCUGCACCUUCCACUUUUGCCAGCUGCCCGGCUCCUGAGCCCUUCGGAGAGUUGCCUGGCCCCACAGCGGCCCCAGCCCCCACCCCCACACCUGUCACCAUGCCCAUCACCAUGCCUGCCACCCGCCCCAAGCCCAAGAAGGGUCGGGCUGCUGAGGAGUCGGGCACCAAGGGCCCUCGGAGGCCAGGAGAGGAGGCCGAGCUGCUCGUCAAACUGGACCAUGAGGGGGUCACAUCGCCCAAGAGCAAAAAGGCCAAAGAGGCCCUGCUUCUGCGGGAGGACCUGGGGGCUGGGGGCUGGCAGGAGCCCAAGAGCCUCCUGAGCCUGGGCAGCUAUCCCCCGGCCGUGGGCAGCGGUGAUCCCAAGACAGCCUGGCCCAAGGCCAUGGAAGGGGACCUCGCCCAGGAGCCCGGGUCGGGGCUCACAUUUGAGGAUUCUGGGGACCCCAAGAGCCCAGACAAGGCCCAGGCUGAGCAGGAUGGGGCUGAGGAGUCGGAGAGCAGCGGCAGCAGCGGCAGCAGCAGCAGCAACAGCAGCAGCAGCAGCGGUUCAGAAACAGAAGGAGAGGAGGAAGGCGAGAAGAAUGGGGACGGAGGCCGCGGCGCUGGUGGCCGGAGCUGCAGCGCCUCUAGCUCCCGGGCGUCCUCUCCUGCCUCCUCCUCCUCCUCCUCCUCCUCCUCUUCCUCCUCCUCUUCCUCUUCUUCCUCUUCGUCCUCCUCCUCCUCCUCAUCCUCAUCCUCCUCCUCCUCAUCGUCCUCGUCCUCGUCCUCCUCAUCCUCCUCCUCCUCAUCCUCCUCCUCCUCCUCCUCGUCCUCCUCCUCCUCCUCCUCCACUACAGACGAGGACUCUUCCUGCAGCUCGGACGAGGAGGCAGCCCCCGCCCCCACAGCUGGUCCCCCUGCACAGCCGGCCCUCCCCACCAAGGCCCCCAAGCAGGCCAGCAAGGCCCGCUCCUCGGCCCAGUCCCCAGGCAAGAAGGCACCCGCUCCCCAGCCCCAGGCGCCCCCGCCCCAGCCCCCGCAGCCUCUGCAGCCCAAGGCUCAGGCUGGGGCCAAGAGCCGUCCCAAAAAGAGAGAGGGCGUCCAUCUCCCCACCACCAAGGAGCUGGCCAAGCGGCAGCGCCUGCCGUCCGUGGAGAACAGGCCCAAGAUCGCUGCCUUCCUGCCAGCCCGGCAGCUCUGGAAGUGGUUCGGCAAGCCCACCCAGCGGCGCGGCAUGAAGGGCAAGGCCCGCAAGCUCUUCUACAAGGCCAUUGUACGUGGCAAGGAGAUGAUCCGCAUCGGGGACUGUGCCGUGUUCCUGUCGGCCGGCCGCCCCAACCUGCCCUACAUCGGCCGCAUCCAGAGUAUGUGGGAGUCGUGGGGCAACAACAUGGUGGUCCGCGUUAAGUGGUUCUACCACCCUGAGGAAACCAGCCCGGGCAAGCAGUUCCACGAGGGCCAGCACUGGGACCAGAAGUCUGGCCGCAGCCUCCCUGCAGCCCUGCGGGCCUCCAGCCAGAGGAAGGACUUCAUGGAGCGCGCCCUGUACCAGUCCUCACAUGUGGACGAGAACGACGUGCAGACUGUGUCGCACAAGUGCCUGGUGGUGGGCUUGGAGCAGUACGAGCAGAUGCUCAAGACCAAGAAGUACCAGGACAGCGAGGGCCUGUACUACCUCGCGGGCACCUAUGAGCCCACUACAGGCAUGAUCUUCUCCACAGAUGGCGUGCCCGUGCUCUGCUGAGUGCCACGCCAGGGUGCACCCAGGCCCGCCAGCUGCCUUGUGGCCCAAGGGCUGAAGGGGCCCCUCCCCAUCACUGCCACUGCGCGGGGACCAUGUGCGUUGUGUGCAUGCAAGUGUGCCCAUGGGCGUGUGCAUGUGGUCAUUGUGCACGUGGACGCCCUGGGUGAGUGUGUGUGUACAUGUGUGUGCCCGUAUGCAUGCACGUGUGUGCACACAUGUGCACACAUCUCCAGCCCCACUUUCUGAACCCCCCGGUGCCCCCAGGACAGGGGCUCCUCUCAGCUAUCAGGGUAUGGCUCUGCCAAACCCCCUCAGGGCGGCCUUGGCCAGGAUGGGGCCUUGGGCGUCCCUCCCAGCACCUUGUAAGCACUUGGUAAGCCGGCCCUCCAGACUGUGGCUGCAGCGGGGACCCAGGCGUUCCCAGGCUGGUGCAGACCUGGGAUUCAGUGGGGAGGAUGUUUCCAGGGAAGCAAACUGACGCCGCUCUGAGGUUCCUGGCUACCCUCAGCACAGAGCCCACCCCAAGGCCUCCCACCGUGGGACAGAGGCGGCCCAACGCCAGCCUCACUGACUAUGCCAGCCCCCACCCUCUCAGGAUGGCCUGGACUUGCUGAGCAGAGCUGGGGGACAGGGGAGCCCAGGAGCGUGGGCAAGGCAGGGCCCAACCUGGCCCAAACCCUCACACUACAGAAAACCCCAUUGGUGCUGAAACCCUGGCCCUGGCCACGCCCGGCCCCUCCCUGCCCAGGAGGGAGGUGGCAGUUCUUAACCUGUACAGUUUUAUUGUACCAAGAAAGACUCGCCCCGCCCCUGUAUCAUAAGCCUUUAAAUGGAGUCAACUUUUUAAUUAUAUAUAUAAAGAUAAAUAUAUAUAAAUAUAUAUAAAUAUAAACUUUUUAAAACUGUGAAAAAAAUAGCUAUGAAAUUAUAAAAAAAAAAAAAAAAAAGCAAACACAUUCUGACGUGCAGAAUAUUAUUUUUUAUUUCCUGUUAGAUUGUGAGUGUCUAGCACCCGGCUUCACUGGCCUCCCCAGCCCCCCGCACACCCCGCCCCAGCCCAAGUGUACUGUACUCACCCCCAGGACUGAGGAGUUAGAGAGAAGACAAGCGAGGGAGAGCGAGGGAGCCGGCCUGAGCCCAGCGUCCCUGCUCGGGCCCAAGAAAGCACUUAACCAGCCCCCGAGCCUUCCAGAGACACGGGAGGCCUCAACCAGACAAUCGUGAGGGAAGGAAAAGCCAGACUUCGGUUUUGUUUUUUGGGGGAACUAUUGUUUUCCUUUUUUUAAAAAAAGUUUCUUUUGGAAUUUUGUUUGUUGGCAAAUUCUGUGUGAUCUUUUUCAUAAAAAAAGAAAAA